AUGUUGCAGUGGCAUGAGGGUGUCGCCAAGCGGCUCGAAUACGACUAUGUGAAGAGGAACGUUCACCGCGCGUCACCGCCGAGUUUUGGCGCUUAUCACUAUCAUUUCAGUGGAAAGGAUCCAUUGCCGGAUGAGGAGGACUACUUUUCGCAUCCACCGCGCCGGUCAGAGUCACGGCGUCAUACGCAGUAUGAUUCUGAUCGACCGAGUAGACGGAAAAGUCACCGCCGCCGCAUGAGCACGGACGAUUAUCAUGCGUCAAGUAGCCGCAGGCCGGACGGUGGCCGUUCAGGCGUCUCGUCGCCCCGAGUGCAGUCGCCAGGUGCUCCGCCCGGCACGGAACGUCCUCCCCGCUCCCGAGGCCGAGACCAUCCAGCCUGGUACAGCCAUCCCCUCAGCCCAGGAAUGGAAGAUGCCCAUUCACACGACGCCGAUGCGUCAGAGCAUUCCCCGCGCAAAGAUGCCGCUGAUCCCCUCCCCAAACACCGAUCCCGCCACCACAACUUGUCCCCGCCUCCAGACACCGGCGCGCGCCGCCAUUCUCACGACUCAUACAUGCGGAAACCUUAUCGCGAUCUCUCGCCAACGGCUCCGCGGCGGUCGCACGUAAGUGGAAGUCAUGAGCCUCGGUCCUCAAAAUCGAGCAAAUCGCGCCGAGAAGCGCGCUCUCGCUCCCGACCAGCGCCCGACGUCCAAUUCCGCAAGCCCAUCUUUGACGGCCCCGUGUGGGCCCCGGCGCCAGAGCCUCCACAGUAUUCAUCAGUACCCCCACCUCGCGCCGCGCCCCGCCCUCGCUUUAAUCUUGACCCGGAAGAUACCAGACGAGGUAGCUACAGCGGCGGGAGUCCCGGGGGCAGUCGGCCUGGAAGCGGUGGCAGCAGCUCGGAACGACCGCGCUCGUAUAGCAGCGCAGGAUUCCACUCACGCCCUUCCCGCUGUAGUCCUGUUCGAAGCUCCGCCGCAAAGCGAUAUAUGCGGACUCCUCUAGCGGAAGAUUCAGCAUCAUACAACGCCUCGCCAUCCCGUAGAACACCCCUAUACGAUUGA